GUCAUGUAUUGCGUUAUACUGUCGCGGUAGGGCCAGCCUAUAGCACAAUCUUCAACCUUUCCCAAGUCGUGGAUUGGUUGGUUGAUGUCGGUGCCACUGCUGGGUGUGUUUCCAAUGACAAUGCCCAGGGCGUCCAGUGAAGUCGCCGUAAGGUAUUUCAGCGGAAUAGUGCCAAAAUCUACGCUGCGCGUGCUGCCAAAACCCAUGGGCUCCGGUGGGGCGGGUGACGGGGGCAGCGGCGGCGGGGAGGCAGGCUCGGGGCUGGGCGGCUGGGGGCUGGGCGGCUGGGGGCUGGGCGGCUCGGGGCUGGGCGGCUCGGGGCUGGGCGGCUCAUAAGGGCUGGGCGGCUCCGGGCUGGGAGGGGUUGGUGGAAGAGCCAUGCCCGUUUCCAUGGUGAACGAAUCUGCAAAGGAGCACACGGGGUACGUUGCAUUUAGUCAGGGCUGCUGUAUGUGAGCAUUAUGCAUUCAGGGCCGCGCAGGUGGCUGUAUGGGCGUGGCCCUGAAAGACGGAUGACAUCCAGACAUGACGACGAGUAUGUGGCUGCACGGAGUGAGGUCUUGCGUAAGCGUGCGUGGUGUGAUCGGGAAGGACCUCUUGCUUGUCUGCAGCCGACCAUCUCAAAGGUCUAUUUUAAGCGGAGUGCAACGCAGAUUAAAUUGGUUUUGAAGUAAGGCGUAAGACAAAGGUCCGGACAUGCGUUGUGUUUGAGGUGGGUGAAGGAGUGCAGAGGACAUGGGGCGUGCCGGUGUGGCCCUGGAGCCUUGGGUAGGCAAUGAGCAGCCGCAGCAGCACAGUUCAGUUGUCUUUGAUUUAUUGCCGGCAUAACCGCGAGCGGUAUCUGGCCGGCUUUAGCAGCUUUUCGCUAGUCUUGCACAAGUGACUCGCAUUGAGUGUUGGCCAGACUUGCUUACCCACCCGCCCACUAGCGGACCGCCAUGCGAUCCAUGGGGCGUGCCCCAAAGGGAGUCAAGUGACGUGGGACGCAACCUGACGCAACGUACGGUGUUAUAGUGCUGAGCAUGAGAGCAGGCUUGUGCAAUUAGUGACCCAACGUGGCGUAGAGGUGAGGUGAAAGGAGGUUGGUAUAGGAUUGGCAACUGAAGUCUUAGUAUGAUCUGGAGUGCCAGAGUUGUAACAUACGUAUGUUGAGCGAAAGGUACUGCGGAUGCUGGCGUGUGCACAACCUUCCGGACCGGUGACUGGGGCGGGGUCGGGGUCAGGGGGGUCGGGGCUGUACGUUGGACGGAGCCCUACACGUUAUGCAAAUACAGAGUCUCAGCAUCGCCGCAUUGCUUCAUAUACCGCAUGCACGCUCAGUCUGCAGGUAUUGAUUGAACAAAACGGCAGCAUGGCUGGAAAGUCGCGACCGAAGCGGGGCUGGCAAGAACUCCGGCGAAACCGUCUUCGUAAUCCAGGCUGCCUUGAUGAUUAGAUACCAAUGCCUAAGAUGUAUAGCUCUGAUUUAUUGGGGCUGACAGCGCGGCUGUAUUAUGGGGAAAUGCUCGCGCUCGCAGCACACGCGCCCGCGAGGCUUCUGACAGGUAUAUAGGUGCCCAUAUUGAAGCCAUUUAUAUGUUCGCAAAUUUAACUGGACCAGCGGGAGCGUCUGCGAUAAGAUCGGCAUCUAACAUGUCUUUCUUGCAGCUGAGGAGUUCAUAACAUAUGUUUGAGUGUGUUAAAACUGUUGCUGUCACAGUUACUUUCGCGAUCGAGGUUCCCUGACUCGAGUCGGGUGACGGAUCUGCGUCGCUGGGGCCUCCUCUUCCUUGUGUACAGUGGCUUCGUGUAACUGAUGGCUUAAAUAAUAGCAGCGUGCAGUCGGCGGGCGGCGGGAACGUGUGUUUAGCAACUUAGCGAAACCCUGCGUUCUGAAACGUAUGGGUGCGCCGCGCCCCCUGCGGGGGCCGGGGCACGCCAACCCUGCAAGUCUGCUUGGAAAGGGUCCGCUGGCGUUGAGGGGUCUUACUGCUGGGCAGCAGAAGGAAAGCGCUGUUGCAAUGGCGUUACUAUACUAUUUAUGCUACACAAUAUCCGGGGGGUAGUUGCUGCCCGGCGUGUUGCAGGGGUUGCGUGUUGAGAAGCCGGCCGGGCAGACUUUUGUGGGCGGCGGCCGUGACCGGCGCCGCCAGGCCGUGCCGCACGGAGGCCUAAACGGAGAUAGGUUUUUGCCCCGCGGCACGGCUACCAAACCGGCGCUCACGGAACAUUGGGCAAGCCUUGGAAAGUCUUCUGGGAAAACCGCGCGCUGCGGGUGCCCGUGUGUAAGGCCAUGUUUCUGCACUAAGGGUCCGGGACAUACUACAUAUGCAUUUUUGGUCCCUAGAUGCGGAGUCGUCUGAGUCGAUAUAUAAUGUAUGUAUGAUGCACCAAGCAACAUAAUGUCGGCCUCGCUUGCAACCCGCUUUCAACCCUUGAAACACCACUACAUGACAUGGAUUGCAUAUAGCAAACACGUACCUUGCGCAGAGCCGGUGGAUAAAAACGACAGCAGCAGCAUUAUUGUUGUAAUGACCUGCUGCGGGAGUGCGUGACGAAGGCCGUAGCUCUGGUUAAUAGUACAUUGGUAGCAUUAUGCAUGACAGUUAGCCAACGCUCCGUCCACAUCGAGCGGCGCACAGCCACGUGCACCAUUAAGCGUAAGUAAGUUCGCUCCAUACAUCCAGCAGCGCUCACCAGCAUAUUGAACGUCACAGUUAGUGUGGCCCUGAGCUGCCGAGCAGCAGGGGCCUUGACGGCGGCGGGGCCGCUGCUCCCGCCGCGAGCAUUAGUAGCCAUGGACAUGAGCAGUGCCAUCCACCAGCAGCAGCAGCAGCAGCGCGCGAUGGGCAUGCGCGGGACCUUAAAGCUACCAGCGUGAUUGUUGAAGCCGCUGACACAUAAACAGAACAAGGUAGGGUGGAUGUAUGAGUAGUGAAAUAGAGCGAGACCUUGCUUACUUGCUUGCUUGAUUGGAUUGGUUCGUGCUUUGUUUUCUGCUGUAACAUGUGUAACAUAGGCUGUUG